UGUCAGUGAAAUAAAAAAAAAAUACGCCCCAAAAAUUGUGAAGUAUGAUUUAAAACCUGGCCAAAUUAAUCGAGUUUCUAUGAUAACCAACAACAUCUUCAUAUACGUCCCAGAUUAAUAAUAAUUUAACGUGAAAAUUUUCCAUUUGGCCGAUUCAGCUUUAGUUGAAAGCCAGCUACACUACUUUUCUAUAAAAUUCUUGCAAAACAAAAAUAAAUUGUGCAACAAGAACAACAACAACAACAACAACAACAGCAACAGCAACUAAAUCAAACUGAACUGACGAAAAGGCAACCAAUUGGCACAAUUGGCAAUAAAUCAGCAAAGUUGAGACUGUGUGAACUUUGAGAAGAAGAAACACCCAAACAAAAACAGAAAGGGAGAGGGAAACCACGAUAAACGAACUAAACGAAACGCAGAGGAAGGAAGACACGGCAUGGGAAUAGAGGACGAGGCGGCUGUGUAGUACAUCAUUAGCAAAAGGAAGGGGAGAGACGAGACGAGACGAGACUAUUUGGUAUAGAUUUUGCUUAUCUAUUUUUGUCAGACACAAAGAAGGCAAGAGGACGAGAGGAGGAGGGAAGUGUGGCAACAUCAAGUGGUGGCCAUGUAGGCAGAGCCAAUCCAACUCCCGACCCCCUAGUCUAAGGCAGACGAUCGAAAACCAAAGUCUACACUUCUUCUUCUCAGGCAAGUGGUGCCCACUUGUGUCAAGUCACUUGGUAUUCAGUCAUCGAAGCAGAACCAGAAACAGAAACUAGCAAAUAGCAACAGCAACAGAGGCAGACCGGAAAAGUGUCGAGUCGAGUCGAGUCGAUGAGUUGAGUUGAGGCAUCGGCGGCAGCAGCUCUGGUUAUUGGAGACUUUUGGUGGCUAAGCACAUUCCACCACCUACCCUCCCUCCCUCUCCCCAAUCAGUCAGUUAGCCAGUCGGUGUCAGCACAAUGGAUGCCUCACCCACUUCGCCAGCAUCGGCAGCUCCUGCGUCAUACACUGGAAGGUCGUUGGACCAGCAGGUAGAUGCGGCUGUCUCGCCAAACCACUCGAACUACUCGAAUCUCACCAAUACCAGCAAUAGCAGUGAUGGGAGCAGCAGUAAAUCCAGUACAAAUACCAGCAGUGCUAGCAGUCCCGGCAGCUCUUCGGUCUCAUCGAUUCCUCAAUAUAGUGAAGAUAUACAAAGAACACCAAAUGCUGCAGUGCAUCAAAAUCAACAUCAUCAACAGCAGCAGCAGCGGAGUCAGCAAACUGCCUCUGGGUCGGGAUCCGGCUCAGGUUCGGGUUCGGGCUCGGGAUCUACAAAAACCUGUGAGCUGGAUGUUGGUGAAGAGGAGCGCGAUACCUUUUCGCCCAUAGCCAGUCCAAGUGGACAUCGAACACAGGCAUCAGCUGUAGCAAAUCCUUUGGCCUCUGACAAUGGUAGUGUGGACAAUAAAGUUUAUGACUAUGAUGAUGGUUUGGGCAGUAGCAGCAGUAGAUUGCAGCAGCAGCAGCAGCAACAACACCAACAACAACAGCAGCAGCAGCCACCAUCAAAAGAGGAAAAGCAGCGACAAAACGAGGAAAUUGUCUGCAUGGAAACGUCGACAGUGUCAACAGAGACUGGUUCUUGGGAAUCGGUAUAUCCGGGGGCAACUAUAGAAGCAACACCACCAACGCUAGCGCCUAAGGAGGCGGCUAAGCAGGAUCAACCACUCCUCUUUAAGGGGCUAAGUGAUAAAAUUCUAUUGCGUGACUUGGAGAAUCGAGAUCAGCCCUUGUCGACAUCAGGAACAAGUGCUUGUUUUAUAGAUGCCUCCUCAUUGCGUGACGAGGAUGAAGUGUUGUCUUUGCCCAGUCUAAAAGCAGAAACUACAGAUACAGCCGCUGAGGACGAAGAGGAGGAGCACGAGGCGGAGGUGGAGGUGGAGGCGGAGGCGGAGGAGGGAAUAGCAGCAGAAGAAGAGGAUCCUUCACCCACCCAACAAUUGGAACAAUUUCACAAGGCAUUUGCCAAAUGCAAAGCUGUGACGCAGGAACGUCCCAUAAAUCCAAUAAAUAAUGAAUCCCUCGACGCUGCUGACUCAUCCGCAUCCGAGCAUGAGCAUGAACGUCGACCCACUGGUAUGCCAGUGCCCUAUAGCUUCCAACAUAAUGCUCAGCACUUUAGUGUGCAUCCACUGGGCAGUAGUCCCAAAUUUGCCACCCAUCAUCAUCAUCCACACCAGCAUCAGCAGCAGCAGCAACAGCAGCAGGCAACAUCAGCUCAACAUGGCCAUCCUGAUCUCAGCUAUACCACCGACUAUUCCUCGAGUAGCCCGGCUCCCAGUUUGGUAUGGUCAGAGCAGAGUCAGGGCCGGCAUGCGCAUGUCCCAUCUUCUGCUUCCGCUUCGGCAUCUGCAUCCACUCCACACAAUUCCAUGGUGCACAUUGAGCACACUUCGGUGAGCAAUAACAGCUCCAUACACAGAGAUUACAUUCUAUCCUCAUCAUUGUCCCAUCAUCGUGACUCUGGUGCGUAUUGCAGUGAUGCCACUGACUCGCCAUUGCCUCUGCCGCGCACACCCAAGAGAUCUUCGAAAUUUGAUGAGGCCAACCCGAUAGUGUCGGGUGGUGCCUCCAUCGAAGACUUCCAGCAGAAGCAAUGUGAGAGUCCAAGCAUCAAGCGACGCACCGAUACCUGUCCCAUAGUUUCGGGUGGUUUCGUAUCCCUUGAUUUUGCCCCCACCCGACCGCUGCAGGAUGACGAUGACGACGAUGAUCUCGACGAGAAUCACCAUGCCUAUGAUGACGAGGAUGCCGAAUUGGCUGGUGUAGAGCUAAGGGUAAAAUCGUCGCAUCAGCAGCAUCAAUUGCGCAAGCAAGCACCCGGCAUAACAUCUUGGGUGGUGGACAUGAGCGAUUGCCGUCCGGAAAGACGUCGCAGCACAAGUAGCACCACAUCCAGUUUUCGCGAACGUUCCGACUCGAAUAGUUCACACAAGAGUGGCUGUGGCUUCUAUGUCUCUUUGGAUUCCAUGGACCGUAAGCCCAACAACGAAGCUCAACCGCCUCAACCACAUUUAGCUCCCGCAGCAGCAGCUGCAGCACAUCUAAGCAAAUCGUAUACGGGACCCAAAUCGGCGGGAUUCUUUGUGAAUCUAUCACAGACUGAAGGGGAUGAAGACCGAAUGGAAUCUAACAGUAGAUCGACAGCAGCAAUGGCCAAAAAGGAUGAGAAACCGCAGGAGCAGAAGAAUAUUUUCAGCAUGUUCAUUGACAUUGGUGAACCCAAAUCGGCACGUAUUAAUGGACGCAAAGAGCCCUUCAGUUUGGCUCAGCGUUUGUCCAGUUCAUUGAGUACAACGUCAUCGGGAACACCAAGACGCGGAGAUGAUGUCAUGAAAUCCAGUGCUAGCUCAACAGAGACCCUAAUGGCUAAGAGUUCAACCCAACUGGCCCCCAGUGGUGGUGGUGGUGGUGGUGCUGGUGCUGGUGCUGGUGGAGGCGAAAGCAAAUCUUUGGACCUAUACAGAGCCAAAAACGAUGAGCAGGAACAAUCCCACAACAAGUUGGCGUUGAAACACAGGCAACCGAUCAAAAAUGACAAAUUGGUUAUGCGGUGGUGCGAAAAUAUGACGAUUGAGAAACAAGAACAACUCCUGGAGCCCAAUAAGCGUCACAGUUGGGGCAGCAAUGCCCUGAAUACUCAAACUACUGGCGGAGAUUGCCCGAAGAAUGAUUGCAAACGUUCAAUUAGUUUGACUGCUACUGGAGCCACCAAUGGGGAAUCAUCGUCAAAUGGCGGCGGUCUAAUGAGCAUCAUUGAUAAAUUGCCAAUUAUAUCGAAGGCCUCUUCCUUCUCCAUAGAUAGUUCGAUUUCGCCCUACGAUGAGUAUAGCGGUGGGUCUAAUGCAGCUCUAAGCAGUUGCUCGGAUGAGGAACAACAACAGCAGCAACAACAACAGCAGCAGCAGCAGACGGCGGCGGCAACGACAGGAGCAGCAGCCCAUCACAAGAAACGCCGUCGUGAUGUCCAAUUGAAUGAGACAUAUGAUAAAAGUAGCAGCAUGGCCUCUGUAACUGAGGGUAUACUUUCCAAGGAUGCUUCACCGGCAUCCAAUACGGAAACCGAUGAUCUCACCUUUCAGCAGGACGAACAAUUGGCUCAACAGCAGGCUGAUAUCCAGCAGCAACCAGUUGCGUCUCUUCAGUUGAGCAGCAGUUCGAAUCGCAUGGAAACCAUUAUCGAGGCCAAAGAGACCUGGUCACCCAAGAAACAACAACAACAACAGCAACAGCAGCAGCAGCAGCAGCAACAAUUACCCUUAACCAAUGGCCAUACCAUGGAGACGCUACACGCGACAAUUGAGAAACAGAAACAAUUGCUAGAGACAGUCAUUGAGAAUGCCGAGCAACAACAGGCUCCUUCAAGCUUUGUCAAGUUAUCCGAUAUGGAUAAACCGAUGGCCAAGCAUGAUCUUCAGUCGCCGGAUUCGAUGAGCAAGAGUGUGGGGGGCAGUGGUAAUAAUCAGCGUAGCUCACAGUUGGGUCAGCGUUUCUACAGAGAUGAGAAUAGGCCACGACCCCUCUCCUGGGCUAUGACACGAUCCACGGGUAAUAGUUUCCAUAACUUUACCAAUUCGGUGGAUAAUCUACGCAGUUUGUCACGUCUCUUUCCCAAUUUUACCAAGGAGUUUUCCAACUCCUUGCCCAACGAUAUGGCAUCGGAGCAACAACAACAACAACAGCAGCAGCAACAGCAGGUGGAUUAUAUUCAAACCGAUCUAAGUGCUGACUCCAGUCUGGCAUCAAGUUUUAGUAGAUCUGGAAUGGAUGAAUCUUCCAUUAGUUGUCGGCAGCCACGUCGUUUGGGUGAGGAUUUGCUUAAGAUGUUUCUGCAAGAGAUUGCCACCGAUAUGCUAGUGGAAGUGCAUGGUCGUCGUAUUCGUGCCCACAAAUGCAUACUGAGAUCGCGUUGCCAAUACUUUGCCGCCAUGUUAGCGGGUCACGGAGCCCAGAGUGUGGUCUCUCUACAGGGCUACUCCUAUGCGGCAGUUCAUUUUGCUCUGUGCCACAUUUAUUCUGGUGCUUCCCAUCCGCCGGAUGGCAUAAGUCUCAUGGAAUUGGCUGCUCUGGCUGAUCUGCUGGGACUCGAGGGACUCAAGGAGGUCACUUCGCAUGCCCUCAAGACGAACUACUGCCACAAUUUCCAUAAACCCUGCUCGGGCUGCAUCGAUGGCAUUCUGCAGGUGCUGCCGGUGGCUCUAAAUCAUGCUUUGGAUGAUCUCUAUCGGAAAUGUCUACGUUGGACUUGUCGCCAUUAUCUUAAGGUGUGGCCAACACGACAAUUUGCUCAGCUGCCGCCAGACAUUCUUGGUCGAUGUCGUCAACAGAUUGUGGCCUAUUUGACAUCGGAAACGGUGCUGGACACAGUGCUCGAUUGUGAUCAUCUAUUGGCUCAAUUGUCGGCCUAUCGCUGGGGUCAUGUGUGCGAGCAAUUGGUCCGUGAUAUUCUGGAUGCAGCCUAUAAUUAUGUAGGCGAUCAUUUUGCCAGUCUCAUAGCCAGCGAUGCCUUUUUAUCGCUCGGACACGAUCGCAGCCGUCAUAUACCACGUUUGGAGACAAUUCUACUGCAGACGGCUUCGGCUUUAACAGCCGAACAGGCUUGUCGCAGCUAUCAACGGGUCACCCGUUUGAAUACUGUUCUUCAGGCAAAGCUCAUCCAGAUGCCGGUUAAUUUGGGAGAGCUAUCAAAAGAGUUGCAGGGCUUGCAGGAGGAACAGCUGGACUGGAAGCCCGAGUAUAUACGUUUGGUCAGCGCCCUGGUGUAUGCUGUCGAACAGUGUCUAAUCCGCCAGUGCUCACGAGCCAUGCGUGUGACAGCGUGGCAACGCAUGGACUUGGAGUUACGCAAGAAAAUACAAAAUCUAGCCAGGCUGACCGAGCCACUCGAUCUCAAACGCAAUGCUUCAAGCAGCAAACCGGUGGGCAAGGCCUUCUCGUUUGGCGGCAGCACUAGAAGUCAGGAGCUGGUACAAAUUAAAUUGGCCAUACAAGCGCAAUCGAAGCGGGUGCAAUCCCAGGAAACGCAUGUCUACAAGGCAACCCAGACGCAGCACGAAGUCGCCAAUCAUCAUGUGCAGACAACGGAACGCGGUGUGCAGGCGCAGGCCCAUCAUGACUUUAAGGAGGGUAGCAGCAAGCUACAAAAGUCUAAUUCACGCGCCUAUGUGCCACAGCGUGCCAGCUCGCAGGUUGCAUCCGAACGGCAUAGCCUCAAUUUGCAUCGGCGUAGUCAGUCCGAAGCACCACCAGUUGCCCAAAGGAAACAACAGUCUACUACUGUUGUUGCUUCAUCGGCACUUACCAAGACUGCAGUGCAAGCAAAGACUACUGCUCCGGCGACGGCGACGACGACGGGAACCAAGACGACGACGACGACGUCGACGACAUCGACUCAUGGCGAAGUUCGUGCACGUUAUCUGGAGCCGCGUAAACCACGGGCUCCUGUUGCGAAUGGAAAUGGCACAGGACCAGUUCGUAGUGUGUGGUCCUCAUCCAAUAUACCAGCCACCAAUGGUGGCAGAAAGCCUCAGGCCAAAAAUUUGCACAUCUCAUCUAGCGAUAGCUCAAGAAACUCCAGUCCAGCGGCGGCUAGGCGUAUGCAUAAUGGAAAUCCAUCAACUAACCGAUUGGGCAACAAAUCCAGCAAUCUCUCCAUGGACAGUCUUUCUCAAUCGCAUUCGCCAACGAGGCGAGCUAAGAGCAGUACGCGAUCUACAAAUGUUAAAUACUCAUCCGACAUGAAUGUGGACUCGCUGGCAGAGAGCAUGAAGAGUUCGGUCAUUACCAAUAAGACGAUCUCACACGAAUCCCUAACGGGCAGCGGCAAAAUGUCACAUCCUGGCCAACAGCAGCAUAUCAAUGGCCAUCACCAACAGCAAAACGGAGGAGGAGGCGUAAUGGGGACUAAACUGAAGCCAACUCAGCGCACCACAACGGUGGGCAAUAGAUCAACCCGGCAGCUAAAACAACAACACAAUGCGGCCACAAAUGCCUCAAAUGGCUCCAGUCCCAGUUCGGUGCAUACAACCAAAUCAACCACUAGCCGGCUAUCCUCCGUCAGUAGUACUCUAUCCACGCGUGAGCUCUUCAAACAGCGUUCGAUAUCGGUGCCAGCGGGAGGAGCUGAAGCUCCUGGAGGUGGUAAUAAAGGACGCCAUAGCUUUCUUUCGGCCAAAUCUCGUGAAAUUCUGGCCAAACGAGCCGAGAAAAAUAAACUGCAGCAGCAGCAACAGCAACAACAACAACAGCAGCAGCACCACUCGCAGGGUGCCAUCACUCACAGUUCUGGCGAUGAUCGCGGUUCGCAGCAACAUCUUCGCAGCUCAAGUGGCCCACUGCGAUCUUCCUCACAUUCCGCUGUCACCACCCUACUACAGCAACAGAAUUUGCGAAAUAGCCUGCCCUCUAGUAUACCCACUCGUCGACCGAAUACCCUGCAAUUGAAAAAGACCACAGCAAAUAAUGUUAACGGCGGUGUCGGCAUCACCUACAGGGUACAAGGAGCCAUCGUGGUCAAAAAAAAGCUAGAUCAAUUAGUUACCACCCAAAUAAUGGGAAGCUCGCCGCCGACCAUUCAACAGCGAGUUGAAUCCAAAUUGGAAAGGUCAAGUACAUUUUGCAAAGACAGCGCCGAUCUGGAUUUAAGCGAACUGCAGAUUGUCGAGUAAAUAAAUAGCGAGAGUGAGGGAGUGGUAUGUGGUGAGUUGGCGAUAAUUUGGAUGGAGAGCAUCCUCUGUAUUUUGAUAGUCGGCUCUGAUAUGUGCUGUCUAUUCCAGGUUGUAUGAAAUACGACCUAAUGUUAACCAGCCCAACCCAAUCCAACCCAACCCAAUAUAAAACCGAAUACGUCCCAUAUGGCAACACUAGUCAAUAAAGGAAAAUCAUUUAAAUAAUAAUAAUAACAAUAAACUGAAGAAAAACAGAACAAAAGAAAUCCAAAACGCCCACUAACUAUAUACUUAUAUAUACAAUAUAAAUACAAUACAGAAAGAAAGUUAUUCCCAAAA